AGUUGCAUUAUUUUAGAGGCCAAUUCAAUCCAACUGGCACGCGUCGCUUCGACGACGGAUAAUUUCAUUUCCUUUUGUAGUUUCGCGAUAAAAAUCUCACUCAAAAUCGCAAGAACACUUAUCUUGGGCUCCUAUCGCAAGAGACGGCUUAGAAAAUUUACAGCCCUAAAACAAAUUCCCCUGAGUGGUAUAAAGCGUUAGACUCACCACUGAAAUAUCGGGAGAGUUCGGGAGCAUUCCAGACCCAAAACAAUAGAGUCACGAACAAGACCACGGUGACGUUAGGCUUCAGAAACCACUUUGCAAAAAGGCGGCAUUAUAUUUAUCUGAAAGCUAUGAGUGACACCGAAGUCAAAAGAAUAUUGUAGAGAGAGUUAGGCGUUGAAGAGGCUUUGAAGAGCAACUGAAGCUAAAUUUUGGAUUAUCAGUGAAGUAUACGAAUACAAUAUUUUUUUUGGUUCAAAUCCUUUUAAAAUAUUGGAGAAUUUGUCUGAAACGAGAUAAAUACAACUGCUAGGGUCAGUUCAUGAGAAAGCUGUCAACUUAAUUGUUCACAGUUUAUUAAUACAGAAGAAUACGAGACAGAUGAAGUCGGAGUGGGAGCCGUUUUACGUUGCAGUUGUCUUCUCUGAAGUAGAACGUUUUUUGAGUGACUUAGCUGGCGCAUCGUUGAGUGCAGAAUAUGAAAAAAGAAGACUAAAUCUCGAGAAAAAAAUAUCAACCGUACGAAAGAUUUCUCCUCCACCACAAUUGACAACCAAUGUUACUGAAACACUCCAACAGAAACGUCCAAGACGACUAAGAUCAUGGUCUUUCCCACCCAUGACAUCCCAGGAGCCUUUGCUGUCGUUGUCUGGGAGGAAUUACGUAAGUACUUCCACAGCGGACAGCCAAGAUGGCGGCGAAUUGGGAGUAGCUUUGUCAAAUAGUUCUUUAAAGGAUGAGAAAGAAUCUCAAGACGAGGAGGAGACGUUUGAGGAAACAGAGAUGAGCUUGUGCAAUGGAAAACGGUUUGAACGUUUACGACAGGCGUACAAUAGCGCGGUAAAGAUCCCUCCUCACCCUCGUCAGAGGUCUGCCUCAGUCCCUCACGUUUCGACUGCCAAACAAGACCACAGGAAGCCCAACCCGGAGUAUAUCCAAGUCAUCAGCAGCCUGUCUGCCUUUGUUUGCGAAAAACGAAAAGAGUGCGAAAGAAAACCGAACAAGAAGGGGUUUAAUGUUGCGUGGAGGUGUGGUGAGGAAGACGAAGGUUGAAGAUUAUCACAAAUAAGGCACUUUCGAGAUAUUAAAAUUCUAGCACGAUACCGUGGCUCUGUGGAAUAAAUGUUCCAAAUGACAUUAAACCUCAAAAAUAUCAGUAGAUAUAUUGCUGUAGAUUGGGUUGUAGCGUCGAGUGGUGAAGUGACAAUUAUUUUUAUCAAUAUUUUAUUAUUAUAUUAGGAGCGUCGUAUGUGGUACAUUAAUUUAUUCCUACCAAUAAAUGCAUUUGGUGAUUCACGUGUUUAUACCACACAUGAAGUACCAUACGACAAAGGCCUCGCAAUCAAGGCUAAAUUUUAAAUUAUCGAACGUAGUCUAUUUAUGAUUUCCAGUUCGGAAAUUGACUAAAAUUCUUCGUCGUGGAAGCUUAAAGUGAUGUAGAAUCUCGAAGCCACCGUUUGAGUGACAAGAAGGUAACUGCAGUCAAGAGAAUAUUACUUAAUAUUCUCUCGCAGCGGUGUAACACGACUAACACUGGUGUACACAAUGUGGGUGGAAUAUCACAAACCAAGGCCAAUAUAUGUCAACCGACUGUUCUGGCUAUUUAAAGACGGAUUUAUCAAGCUUAA